ACUCUCUUUAUAAGUCCUGAAUAGGUCAAGAUUUAUAGAGGGAAAAAGUAAGGGUUUUCAAGAAUCAAAUCGAAGCUGCUUCUUCCCACUUCAUUCCGAAUACAGAGAGAUGAGGGAGAUCAUAAGCAUACACAUAGGUCAAGCUGGGAUUCAAGUCGGGAAUUCCUGUUGGGAGCUCUAUUGCCUCGAACAUGGCAUCCAGCCCGAUGGCAUGAUGCCCAGUGAUUCAACGGUUGGUGUUGCACACGAUGCAUUCAACACGUUCUUUAGCGAAACCAGUGCAGGAAAGCAUGUGCCAAGAGCAAUAUUUGUCGAUCUUGAACCAACGGUCAUUGAUGAAGUGAGGACAGGGACUUAUCGCCAACUCUUCCACCCCGAACAGCUUAUUUCAGGAAAGGAAGACGCUGCUAAUAACUUUGCUAGGGGUCAUUAUACAGUGGGGAAGGAGAUUGUCGACCUUUGCCUCGAUCGAGUAAGGAAAUUAGCCGAUAACUGUACCGGCUUGCAAGGCUUUUUAGUGUUCAAUGCUGUUGGUGGAGGUACUGGUUCGGGGUUGGGAUCUCUGCUGUUGGAACGCUUGUCUGUCGACUAUGGAAAGAAGUCGAAGCUUGGGUUCACCAUCUACCCUUCUCCUCAGGUGUCAACUGCCGUUGUGGAACCGUACAACAGUGUUCUUUCGACACAUUCUCUUUUAGAGCAUACAGAUGUGGCCGUGCUCUUGGACAAUGAAGCCAUUUAUGACAUCUGCAGGAGAUCACUAGACAUCGAGAGACCUACUUAUACCAACUUGAAUAGACUCAUCUCUCAAAUCAUAUCAUCUUUAACAACCUCUCUACGGUUUGAUGGAGCUAUUAAUGUUGAUAUUACUGAGUUCCAGACCAAUCUUGUGCCAUACCCACGUAUUCAUUUCAUGCUUUCCUCAUACGCCCCUGUGAUCUCAGCCGAGAAAGCGUACCAUGAGCAGCUGUCGGUACCUGAAAUCACGAAUGCAGUUUUCGAGCCUGCAAGCAUGAUGGCUAAGUGUGAUCCUAGGCAUGGCAAGUAUAUGGCGUGUUGCUUGAUGUAUCGUGGAGAUGUUGUCCCCAAAGAUGUUAACGCUGCUGUUGCCACGAUUAAGACCAAGAGGACCGUUCAAUUUGUUGAUUGGUGCCCAACUGGUUUCAAGUGUGGUAUCAAUUACCAGCCACCAACGGUUGUGCCAGGUGGUGAUCUUGCCAAGGUUCAACGGGCCGUUUGCAUGAUCAGCAACAACACAGCGGUUGCAGAGGUGUUCUCACGCAUUGACCACAAGUUUGAUCUGAUGUAUGCGAAAAGGGCAUUCGUUCAUUGGUACGUGGGUGAGGGUAUGGAGGAGGGCGAGUUCUCGGAAGCCCGUGAAGAUCUUGCAGCUCUGGAGAAAGACUAUGAAGAGGUUGGUGCUGAAGGUGUGGAUGAUGAAGGUGAAGGGGAUGAUGAUGAGUAUUAAGAAUAAGAAGAAACUUGGAUUUGUUGGUUGAAACUUGGUGUUGAUGUUUGUUUUGUUCUAAAGUUAAUGUCAUGUAGUGUGAUUCUGUUAUUGUUGGACAUGAAAAUUUGAUGUGUUCUGCUAGUCU